AUCUCUUCCUUUCUUAUCACCUUUCCACUUCUCUCUCUUUUCUCUAAGUUAGAAAAGGGCUUGAGGGAGUUGUUGUUGGCAGCUUGGAGGUCUGCUGGCUGAAGUGCAACCUGGUCCAAGGCAGAGAGUUCCUUCUGAUUGGAGUUACUACAAGACCUGGAAAGUAUCUAAUCAAGCUUGAAGAACCAGUUUAUGGUGCUGCCGAAAUGCAAAGUGGAUUAAUUGAUGCUGCAAGCAAGCUUAUUUAGCAUCAAAUUACACUUUGGAGCUGAAAUAAGAAGCAUUGGAGCUGGAGGAAUAUGGAGCUGAGUACAACUUAGGGACUUUCGAAUCCAGAAGAUUAAAGAAAAAGGCCAAGAGUAACUGUUGAUGGACCUAGGAUUGACUUGGUGGAAUACCUAGGUUAAGAGCUGAAGCUAUUACAAGAAGAGGAGUUGGCGAAAUCAGUGAAUGAAGUGAUUCCUUGCUGGCUCGAGCUGAGAGGAACUACCUAGUAAGGAGUUCCUGCUAUUGCUGCUGCUGCAGUAAUGAUUUGGACAAAUUGAAGCGGAGGACAGUUUGGUGAUAUAUCUAAUUAAGAUAAAUUGAAUCCUGCAGUCAAUUAUAGCCGAUUAGUAGCUUUAGAGAGGGAUUAUGAAAGAAGCUUAUAUUGCUGAAGUUUCAGAGUGGUGAGCUGAAAUCAAGUUGGUGCUGAAGUCAACUUGAUAAAAAUCCUGGAUGCUUGGCCGAAUUGAUGACCAGCAGGAAUUUCAGUGAGAAAAUGGAGCUUGAGCUGACCAAAGUUUAGAUUUGGGGCUAUUGAGCAGGGAACCAGCUAAGAGAAAGAACUCUUGAGCAUUGGUACAGCUAGUGAGGUCGGCGACGCGUUAAUCAGGAUAGUAGCCAUUUUGGGCUCUAUUUGCAUCGAGUUGCGAGAGCUAGUUGUCGACGCGUUCCGAGACGUGGAUUCUAAUUGUUGACACCACUACAGGAGAAAUGCCACCGCGACGUGCGACGAGAUCCACUUUGGCAUCACUUUCUGAGGUGCCAGAGCAGUCCGGGUUUGAUGAAGUUCAGGAGUUGCGUGCUCAGGUGAGCGCGUUAGUUGGGGCUAUGCAGAGACAGGAUGAGCAUAUAAAGAGUCUACAGGAUCUAGUGUCGCGACAGGCGACAACAGCAGCACCUGGGAGUCAGGAUGUACCUGUACCUGAGGCGCCGACGACCGUGCCUCCUGUUCCGCCGACUGUUCCUCCUAUGGCUUCUGGGCCUUUUGUUGUAGAUUCAGCCGUGGUAGAGGCUGAGCAAGUGCGAUUUGUAAAGGUGCUAGAGGCAUUUAUGCGAUUUAAUCCGCCUAUGUUUGAUGAAAAAGAAGCAGAUCCGUGGGUAUUGGAGACGUGGUUUACAGCGAUGGAGGCGUUAUUUGAGGACAUUUACACCCUGGAAAGGGACAAGGUUCCGUUGGCAGCGCAUUGUUUUGAGAAGGAUGCUUAGAUCUGGUGGCAAAAGGCCAAGAAGAAGUGCGCAUCAAACCUACCAUCGCUCACUUGGGAGGAGUUUCGCGAAAUGUUAUUUAUGGAGUACUUUCCCGAUAGUGAUAAAAGAAAAAUGAAGGAAGACUUCCGCAAGUUGAGACAGGGAAACUGUUCGGUACGGGAGUACGAACGGGAAUUUACUCAUUUGGUGAACUGUGUGCCUGGUAUGGUUCAUACGGAUCGAGAUCGGGCGGAGUACUUUGAGCGGGAGUUGCGACCUGACAUAUUCAGGACAGUCAAUGCUCUGAAGUUAAAGACAUUUGAGGAGGUCCUGGAUCGAGCUCUUUGGGUUGAGCGUGGAAAUGCGAUUGCGCGUGAUGAACGCGAAUCGUUUGAAAAAGAACGAGAAAGAGAAAAAGGAAAGAAGAGGACUACUAGUGGUGCCGGGGGACAGUCGAGCUCUAAACGACCCCCUCGGUAUCCACGUUCUCAGUCGAGAUAUCAGGGACCCCCGAGAUGUGUGAUUUGUGGUGGGAAUCACCGACCGUCGGCUUGUUCACAGCGUGAGGGCAAGUGUUACAAGUGUGGGCAGCCGGGACAUAUAAUUCGUGAUUGCCCGAGGGGAGCAUCAUCAGCACAGUCGACAGCUUCAGUUCAGUCACCUCAGAGGCAGCGUGUGGGUCUCCCACCUGCUAUGUCAGCUGGGCGUACUUUUGUGCCGCGCCAGUACGAGCCACCCCGACCUGCACCGAGUACACGGAUGGAUGCACCACGACCUGCACCGAGUGGUCGUGUAUUUGCAGCUCAGACUGAGGAUCCUGCCGUGGUCGACGAUGUCGUGGCAGGUUCGCGAGUGUGCCGUGGUGGAGACCGGUUGAGGCCGUUGGAGGUCGAGCGAGCGCGCAGGUUUCCUCCUGUCGACUUCUUGCUGACGUUGGACGAGCGUUCGAGUAGUGCAGCGUCUACGGGGAAGAAGAGCCGCCGCCUACGGCGGCGCCUAGAGUGGGAGGGGAUGGAGGCAGAUCCAGUCGGCAAGCGCCAGGCGGCUUCGAUAGAGCCAGACGGCCACGGCGGAAAGGAUGACGGCGAGCGUGAUGUAGCUCACUAUGAGGAUCGCGACGAGGAUCCCAUGGCUGCUGCCGGCGGCCCCGGUGUAGAAGUUGACGUCGUCGAAGGUGCUGCCGGUGAAGCUCGGCUGCGCGCCUUCGGCCGUCGAAGGUGCUGUCGUCGACGGUGCUGUCGUCGAAGUUGACGUCGACGAGGAUCCCAUGACAUUACUUAUUUGAUCUUGCAAAUAGAUCAAUCAGAUAAACUUCCAUCAAUACUGUUUUGAAAGUGUGGUGCUCAAAGUAUCCAUUAUUCCAGAUCCACUUUAGGCGAUAGAGGGGAAUUAAUUUAUACUUUAUCCGCAUAUUUUCUAUCGCUAUCAUUUUACAUAUAACUCUACAACUAAGGAAGAGUUCAAUAGAGGCUUCCCAUCAACCCACCAGUUGAACAUUCCAAUUUGCUUUUGAAUUGUUUGAGAUUUAUCCUGAUAUAGCCAUCAGUCAAGAUGGUAAUCCCAAAAGUUCAUCUCAUGCAGUUUAUUUCAAGGAAUAUAAUUUCAUUCUACACAAGCCAAAAUAGAAAGAGAAAGAAAUAAGUAACUGGGUGAUUUCUUUCUCAAUAUUCCAAGGUACUUAGUCCAAUCAAAAGAGUCUCAACUCCAUCCUAUUAAUUCUUCUAUUCAAUCAUCCAUCAACUGCUUUGUAGAGUUCAUAGAAUAAAUGAUUGAACAAUCCCCUCAAGACCUUCUUUGUCAGAGAAAGCUACAAAAUUCUCCAUAUUGCUACUCCAUCUACCAAAUGCAUCUAAUGCUCAAAACUGAUUAAAAGAUCCACAGGUCUCGAUAUAGCUCAACUAUUUAAUUGUGUCUCCAAUUGAAAUCACGAUAUUCGACACAUAGUCGAACAACUCAUCCAGCCUCACAACAAGUGAGAUUGCCUCCCCACAACGAAGCACUAGGCAUAAAAGUCUCUCUACUUGCCAAGCUCACCAUUUGUGACUUGAUCAGCAAUGCAACACUUCUCAGAAUUAUCCACCAUUUUGAGGAUUUUUUACUCAUUCUAAAUUAUCAGCCAAUUAAGCUCCAAUCUUAUAUAAAUACCCAACUUAGGUGAAAUAACAGUCUUCGCAAUCAGCAAAAUUAAACCUCAAGAUACAUCACUUUAUGCUCAACUUCCCGAGACGAAUCAGUUCAGUUCGCACCACUCUUGGUACAAAGUACCUCACAAGUUAGAUUUCAAUCAAACAUUCUACCACAUGUAAGGCCAACCAAUUUGUUGGCACAUACAAAACCAUCUCACUAGACAGAGCGUAUCAUUGACCAUUCUGCUAUUUCAAUCAUUCUCUACCUGCAUCCAGGAAAAGAAUCAAUAUUGUUUCACUCGGCAAACAGCCGAUUAGGGAUGGAAUUAAAACAAUCAUCUUAACAUAAUCAGGUGAUAAGAACACGGCACAACAUACUAUCUGCAGUAAUCAUCAUUGCCGUCACACUUGGCUCUAACAAUUUUGCUGACAUACAUCACUGAGUGUUUCUUGCAACAAAGUCGGUGCAGACACCUUAGUCAACAUGUUAUUCUCCGGGCACUCAGAUCGAAAAUGGCCCUCCUGACCACAUACAAAACACUUUCCUUCCGCUGAGGGCACUUUGGUGGAACGCGUGGACCUUCACAUAUCACACAUUGCCGUGAUGAUCGACGUCUCAACAUUCUCUGCUUAGAAAAAGAACCGUGUCCUCAAGGGUGACUCUUCUUUACAUUCCUUGAUGAUUCCUCAACCUGUAACUGAUCACCUUUGGUGGUCUCCUUUACUCUCUCAUUAUAUUCCAUGCCUCUUCUUACAAUUAAAGUGUGAUCUGCAACUUCAUAGAAUUUCUUAAGAUCUAACAUCUGUUGGUUCAACAAGUUCUCUAAUCGUCUGAUUCCCUCAUCUUGUCGGCGUAACGCUUCUACUUGAAGUAACACUACAUUCGACUGUCGCUCUACUACUCCAACUAAAUUAGUCAACUGCUCAUUUAAUUCCCGAAUCUCGCCAGAUUCAGAAGGUGCAAACUUUUCUGGCGCAGUCGUCUCAGUCACUAUAGAGUGCAUCUUUCACAUCACAAGCUGCAACAAAUAAAAGAUGCACAGGUUAAACAACCUAUGCUAUCGUAUCCCACUCAUAAUUAUAAGAUUCCAAUCACGCGAAAGUAAUGAAAUGAUCUCCCACUAUUCCCCGAUAUCACGUUGUCGGCCGCCAAUGUGAUCUUGCAAGGACAUAGAGGUUUUUUUCAUUUCAAUCCAACUCCAACGCUUUUGGAGUUAUAAUUAUAACCCAAUCAUAAUACUUUCGCCCAAAAUAGUCACAAAAGACCCCGUCUCUCACGUUCCUAAUCCUGAUCGCCCAACUGGCCUAAGGUUUACUAGGUCCACUAAGACUCAACCCUAAGCUCUGAUACCACUAUAAUCUGUCACGCCCUGGACUUCAGCGGGAGCUCACAGUGACGUGCACAGACCCGCCGUGUACAUCAAACAAUCAUAGCGUACACCAGGCGUCUACAAAGAGAAUGAACAAUCUAGCAACAAGAUCAUAACUUAACUAAGUAAUCAGAGCACAACUAAAAGUUUAAAACUUAUACAACCCAGAACUUUAUCACAAUGUAAAGAAAAUCAAAUACCUUCUACAUACUCUCAGAAUACAACACUGAACUACAUCACAAUAAAUUGAUAAAGGUUCAUCUAUUUAUCGUCGAGAAAGCUCUAGCUAGUCGUUGACCCCUCGCCAGGAACCCUAGCCUUUCCCGCGGUGGAAGGCUCUGUAAAAACAACAACAAAGAGGCCGUGAGAACUAUUAAACAAUAGUUCCCAGUGGGUAAGCCGCCGAGAGUGGCGAAGUACACCACUAGGUCAACUGUGGCAUGAGUAAAUAGCAAUAAAUAAGUAAAUAACUGCAACAGGUAUGAAAAUAAACCAAUCAUGCUAUUUGCUCAGAAAUAAAUAUAUAUCAACAGGUUGCAGGUACUAGUUUAUUAUAAUAAAUUCCGUCAUUCAUAUUAAUGGUAAAGCUGUCAUUGUUCACCAUUCUAAGCAAUGUCCACUUAUCGUUUAACUACUCAAAGUUUAAAUCUUGUAAGACCCACCAGAAGGCUGUCUGGUAUGAAGACCCACCCGAAGGCUGUCUAAUAUGAAGACCGGCCCGAAAGCUGUCUAAUAUGAAGACCCACCUGAAGGCUGUCUAAUAUGAAGACCCACCCGAAGGCUUUCUAAUAUGAAUACCCACCCGAAGGCAGUUUAAUAUGAAGACCCACCCGAAGGCUGUCUAAUAUGAAGACCCACCUGAAGGCUGUCUAAUAUGAAGACCCACCCGAAGGCUGUCUAAUAUGAAGACUGUAAUCCAUGGUACUAUAUCACAAUGACAUCAUGGGAUCUCAACUUGACCUAAGGUCGAUACUGUAGUACCAAAUCAUAAAUUGCUAUCAACUACUUGUUGACAUAAUUCACUAUCAAUAGCUAGUAUAACUUAAUAAGUUCAAGCUUUACAUUGUACUAGUGAUUCUAUCAGGCUACACCUGGUCACUCACUCAUAGUUCUCUCACUACUCCUUACACAUAAGGAAAGUGGUUUACUAAAGUCAUGCUCAAAGACUCAUGACACAUAUUCUGUAGUUCAAUGUAAACCUCCACUACUUGGAGAGAACAAAUGCUAUGCAAUUACAUCUAUUUGAUUA